AUGUCAGAAAACGACCAACUCGUCCAGAGCUUUGUUGCUGUUACAAGUGCCCCUAAAGCGGUGGCCGAGCAGUUUUUACAGAAGAACGAUUUCGACCUUACCACGGCAAUUGAAGACUUCUAUGCUUCUGCUGAGGAGUCCACUUAUGAAGCACAUGGAGGUGGCCAGGAAGAAGCACAGGAAAAGAGAACACUGGGCUCGAGAAGCAAAUCGUCUCGUGGUGGCUUCAGAACCUUGAGAGACCUUAAUGAAGAUUCAGAUGAUCCAGAGGAUACAAACACUAACUUCUUCACUGGUGGCGAGAAGUCAGCAUUGCAGGUGGAGAACCCAGAUAAGGAUAAGAACGAAGGCCAGCAGCCAUCACUCAUUGAGAGAAUCUUCCAGAGAGCCCAGGAACAGAUGGAUGAGCCUGAUGACAGACCGUCUGCUCAGGCAGAACAACAAGAGCCAUCUAACUUUACUGGUGCUGGUUUCAAGCUUGGAGACUCUGAACAGCCGCUGGAGGUGGUAGAGGAUCCAUUUGCACAAUCCAGAAAUAGACCUGCUAAGGUUAACAGAGAGAUCAUCUUUUGGCGUCAGGGUUUCACUGUCGGUGAGGGACCUUUGAGAAGAUACGAUGAUCCAGAGAACCAGCUUGUCUUGCAAGAAUUGAAACGUGGAAGAGUGCCAGUUUCGUUCUUGGGCGUUGAAUUUGGCCAGGACGUUGACGUCUCUGUGUUGAAGAAGACUGAUGAGGACUACGUUCCACCAAAGAGAAAGUUGGGUGGUUUCCAGGGCCUGGGCCAGCGUCUCGGUUCGCCAGUGCCAGGUGACAGUUCUGGUACCGCUACUCCAACUGCUGAGCCUAAGAAGCCAGAGGAGAAGACGGAGCCUGCAAAGCCACAGGACCAGGGUACGGGUGAUUCAUUGGUUCAAAUCAGAUUUGCCAGCGGCAAGAAGGUCGCUCACAAGUUCAACUCCACAGAUCUGAUUGGCACUGUUUACGAUUUCGUUCGCAACCACGAAUAUAACAGUGACCAUUCUAGAUCUUUCAUCUUAUCGCAUGCUUUCCCUGUGAAGCCUAUAGAAGAGUCGCUGGGUGUGACUGUCGAGGAAGCCAAACUAAAGAAUGCCGUCAUUUUUUUCAACGCAAACCAGGACUCAAAGACCGUACCUGAUACAUUGUACCGAGAUGAAAACCAACUUAAAUUGCAUAGAUUUAUGACUGGAAGGAAACAGUUUUCCGAUCCAAACACUGCAUUUAUCGAAACACCCCUGUCAAAUGUCCAACACGUUAUCCUCGAGAACACUUAUGAACCUACGCAGACUUGGGAAGAAAUCACCUCCAAUAGCCGAAAUCUACCGCCAUGCCCCGGAUCAAUUAUCGAGUAUCAUGACUACGAAAAGGAUAGAACAACAUUUGCUAUGGUGGUAAAGGAACUGCAGUCCAAGUUUAAUGAAAACCACAAUAAGCUAAUCGUGCUUACACUGGAGAACGAGCUCACACGAGUUUACCCACAAGACAUUAAUUUUACUGCUUACCAAGUUUUCGAUGCUGAGUGGAUCUCUUCGCUAGAUAUCUUGUAUCACCGAUUUUCAGAGGAGUACAAGCCAAGGCUUGAAUUGGUGGACAUGCUCAACCUGUUCGUCCAUUCAGCAAAAGAUAUACAGCCAAUUGCCCAUAAAGGCUUACGAAGGGUCUUUGCUACCAUGGCGUCACAGAAUAAUACAAACAGCACAAGUUUACUUAGUUUGGUAAAGCAAAUGCCUCCUUUGGACUUUCAGAGCUACUUUCAUCAAUGUGCGUACCUCAUGGCCAUUCACCUAGAGAUGUGCCUGGACGUUACACGCUGGAUGGUUCUGCUGUGUUUACCAAAGCAGAACACUAAUUUGGCAUCAUUGCAUUGUUCAAAUGAUAUUCCAAGAGAAACAGUCUAUUUUGCAAAUUCCUUGAACAAUUUCGACACAAUCUUAGAUUUCAUGAGCUACGACGAGACAAAGCUCGAGGAGUUCAACUCCUAUUUACUAUCCCUUAUAGAGAAACCCAAAGACUACGAUGACCUUAUGCUAGAACUCAACAUCUGGCAGGGCAAACCGUUUUUGCAUGCUUUUAGAGCCAUGACAUUUGCAUUAGUUUAUCCGCAUUCCCGGCUCAUGAGCCAUUUUAACAAGAUCCCGCUAUUCCAGCAUAAGAACAAUGUCAGGUUGAACGACCUUGAACGUCUUCUUCACAAGGUUGGCGUCUUGAACAACCCCAAAAAUGCAUUGACUGACAUUGUUCUUUCCGCCAAUGUCUCUGGAAAACCAUCCCAGGACCAGUUGGCGGUUGCAUCGCCAAAAGAUUUGAAACCGUCGAAGCUUGAACUUCGUUCUGCUCAAAUGGCCUCCAACGGUCAGCUAGAUGAUAACUUUCACCACUUACGCAGCACAAAGUCCUAUUAUCUGGAUCACGUCAUCUAUAUGUUGCCUUCUGAUAAGAAGUUUUCCACAAUCGGUGUCUCAUUGGAAAAGGUAAAUGCUAGGAGAUAUCUCAUUAACAUUCAUGUACCAGAUGUGGCCGCAAGAGUACCACCGGCUAGUGCUUUCUUUGAAGAAGUCUCAAAACAUACCCAUUCUCUUCGGAGUCUCGAAGGUCUUCUUGACAACGAACUGAUAGAGGUGAUAGCAAAGAAUGUUAGAAAUGAGCUUCUUCUAAGGGCGCUGCUGACGGCUAGUAAUUACUUCAGCGUUGGUGACUUUGACAAGAAGCUGAGACCACAAGAUCUGAAAACAUGCAUGACAGUAACAUUCGAAUAUAAUACGUUUGCGCUGUCUCCUCUCAAAGAUCUUGAAAGUGGUGUUUCUGUUAGCUUUGACAGAAUCAGCGGCAUCAAAGUGAAGGAACUACCUUGGAAAACACUUGACGACGUCCUUUGUGGUCGACUCGACAAAAGCCUUCUAAACCCUUUCAAGCUCUUCAAUAGAAGGAGAGAAUCAGAAAAGAAGGAGGAAGAAGUUUCUUUAGACGAGAAUGACUUACUGAACCUUGGUUUUAUCUCCAGCGUGAUGAAAACUCAUUUCAGCACGAGAAACUUCCGUUGUGCUUCAACUCCCCAGCCUGCCCUAUUCCAAAGAUCGAUAAAUAGAUUUUUGAGCUACGAGCGUAAGGAUGAAGAAGAGCUUAUCAAGACCGACUUGGAUUUUCCUACUGUUAGAGAUGCAAUGUCUACCGCCGAAGCUCUUUUCUUUACGAAUGAGGUCAAGGUAUUUCUCGAAUCCCUUGUUUCCUCGUUUUGUUACAGAGAAGCUAUACCAGCACUUGUGAGAAGCGACGACUUAAUCGUUCCAAGCGAUGAUGGACCCAGUUACGAAAGCCCAGACCCAGAGAUGGACGAAGUAUUCGUGUCGCAUGACAAUAAGCUUUUGCCAAAUUACUACUGCAGCUCCUACUAUCAAGCAAUUUUGGCAAGAGACAAGCGUGGUUUUGUUUCUUUACCGGCCUUCUUUAUUGGUAACAAUUACAUCAAUAAGCCCAAUCUCACAACGACGAGCCGGAACCCGUAUCUGUUAACCAAAGGCUUACAGAGAGGACGUGUCAAUGUUUCAGACGCUUUGAGUAGUGUCGAGGCAUACUUGAAUCAAUUGCAGAUUCUCUCUUUUCUUCAUCUUCAGAAAACAGGCGAGAGCCGCUACUUGCAACUGGUGACCCGCAAAUCUCAUUUCAAGACGUUAGGGUACCCAGUACAUGGUCCAUUGUCUGAUAGAGUGUUGAACGACCAAAUAGCUAAAUUACGUGACGCUGAGCUAGGCAGUAAUUAUCUAGCCCAGAGACAUGAUCGGUACUGGAAGCUCAAGUACCUUGAACAACAGCUUGACAGCCAAGACUAUGACGACGAUACGCUCUUCUUAUCGUGCAUUAUCACUAGCCUAGGACACGAUAUGGAUUUAGAAACAAAACUAGCAAGAGGCUGGUGUGUGGAGUUGGCGAUGGAAAUCGAUGUGAUGGUGAACUCAUACAAUGACUUGACCAUUGGUUCAACGGUGACAGCUGAUAAAGUGAUGUACUUGAAUCCUCCUUCGUUGAAGGAUUUCAAGAACGUGGUGGAAACUUCCAAAGAGAACCACGAUGCUCCAAACUUGUACCCUAUCUAUAAAUAUGUUGCCAACGAGGACUUGACUGUCCACCUGGCGUACUUGAAGUUGGCUGAUUUGAACAACCCAGAUAGACCAGAGUCGUUUUUGUUUGAGUCUUCGGUCAAUGGUGACUCUGUUGAUAGAUACUCUUUCAUUGGUAUCAAGCCUAGAAAGAUCAUCAGAACAGGUGAUGAUGUUGAAAGGUUUGCCAAAGAGUAUAACAAUGUGGACCCACUUGACAUUUUGGAGAAAGAAUUGGACCAACACAAGCAGGCUCAGUUGCCAGGCUUGCCUCCUUUUAAGGGUGGUGCUGUGGGAUACAUCUCAUAUGACUGUAUCAAGUAUUUCGAACCGAAAACAAGAAAACCUUUGAAAGACACUUUGCAGGUUCCUGAAGCUGUUUUGAUGCUUUGUGAUCUAAUAGUCACUUUUGACCAUGUGUACCAGAGAUUCCAGAUCAUUAACAAUGUGAGAAUUGAAGCUGACACUGAUGUGCAAGCAGCUUAUGAAACUGCCGAAAAGGAGAUUUUGGAAAUCCAGUCCCGUUUACAUGCCCACAAAUCGUUGGAGGAUCUCAACCCUAUCCAGCCUCCAAUCAAGCCUGACCAGACUUUCACUUCUAAUAUUGGUCAGGGCGGUUACGAACUGCACGUUUCUACGUUGAAGAAGCAUAUCAAAUUGGGCGAUGUCAUUCAAGCAGUUCCAUCGCAAAGAGUCGCUAGACCAACGUCUUUGCACCCAUUCAACAUCUACCGUCACUUGAGAACGGUCAACCCAUCUCCAUACUUGUUUUACAUUGACUUGAAGGAUUUCCAAAUCAUUGGUGCUUCUCCUGAAUUGUUGGUGAAAUCAGAUGACAAAGACAGGAUUGUUACUCAUCCAAUCGCCGGUACGAUCCAGAGGGGUAAGACCAAUGAAGAGGAUGAACGUAACGCACAGAUCUUGAGAUCCAGUUUGAAGGACAGAGCCGAGCACAUUAUGUUGGUGGAUUUGGCUAGAAACGAUGUCAACCGUGUUUGUACGCCACAGAGUAACUCUGUGGACCGUCUUUUGACCAUCCAGCGUUUCUCCCACGUUAUGCAUUUGGUUUCUGAGGUUAGCGGAACGUUGAGAGAAGGCCAGACCCGUUUUGAUGCUUUCAGGUCGAUUUUCCCUGCCGGUACCGUCAGUGGAGCUCCAAAAGUCAAAGCCAUGGAGCUUAUUGGUGAAUUGGAGAAGGAAAAGAGAGGUGUUUACGCUGGUGCUGUUGGUAACUGGGGUUACGACGGAAAGACCAUGGAUACCUGUAUUGCAUUGAGAACGAUGGUCUACAAAGAUGGCGUUGCCUACUUGCAAGCAGGAGGAGGAAUCGUUUUCGAUAGUGACGAGACUGACGAGUAUGAGGAGACGAUGAACAAGAUGAGAGCCAACAACAACACUAUUGUGGAGGCAGAGAAGAUCUGGCUCCAGAAGGUUGGCUGUGAAUAG